AUGGUGAAUGCAUGGACACUCAUUCAAAAGAAAACUUUUACAAAAUGGGUGAAUAAUAAGUUGGACUUGAAAAGUAUUCCUAAUGUUACUCAUUUAAACGAAGAUCUAGCCAAUGGUGUACGAUUAAUUCAGUUGCUUGAAAUUAUUAGUGGAGAAUCACUUCGACCUUAUAAUCAAAAUCCAAACAUGAUUUUUCAAAAAAUGGAGAAUGUGAAUAAAGCUUUGGAUUUUAUUAAACAAAGGGGUGUUUCUUUAACUAAUAUUGGAGCUGAAGAUAUAGUGAAUAAAAAUUUAAAAUUAGUCUUGGGUAUGUUGUGGACGAUUAUUUUACGAUUCACUAUUGCCGAUAUCAAUCAAGAUGGUAAAAAUGCAAAAGAAGGUCUUUUAUUAUGGUGUCAACGUAAAACAGCUAACUAUGAAGAUGUUGAUAUUCGUGACUUUACUUAUAGUUGGACAGAUGGAUUAGCCUUUUGCGCUUUGAUACAUCAUCAUCAUCCUGAAUUAAUUGAUUAUCAUUCAUUGGAUAAGAAUGAUAGACAUGGAAAUACAGCUAUUGCAUUUGAAGCAGCUAAAAAAUUAAACAUUCCUCAACUAUUGGAUGUUGAAGAUGUGUGUGAUAUAUCAAAACCUGAUGAAAAAUCUGUGAUGACUUAUGUUGCUGAAUAUUUCCAUGCAUUUUCUGCACAUGAUGAAUUUGAAACGGCUGGAAGAAGAGUAGCAAAAUUUGCUGAUGUAUUAGCUUCAGUCUGGGAAAUGGAACAUCAAUACGAACAACGUGUUUGUGCUCUUAUGAAGGCAGUAACAUUUAUUCAAAAGGAAUGGGAAAAUACAGAGUUAUCAGAUAGUUAUAUGGAUGCAAAAGAGAAAAGUACAGCAUUUGAUAUCUACAAGAGUACUGAAAAAAGAGCUUGGGUUGCUGAGAAAAGAGAUAUCGAUGCAUUGUUAGGAAAUAUUCAAACGAAAGCAAAGACAUAUAAUUUAAAGCCUUAUUAUCCUCCAGCUGGAUUAACUUUAAAAGAUUUAGACAAUACUUGGAAUACUCUUUUACAAAAUGAAGCAAAAUAUCAUCGCAGAAUCAAUCGGACUAUUAGAGAGAUUAAAGAGGGACUUCGUAAGGCCUUUGCUGAUGCAGCAAAUGAUUUUCAACAUCAAUUGGAUUCAAUUUCAGCUAAAUUAGUAGAACUUGAAGGCAGUCUUCAAUCUCAACUUGAUAUAGUUCAAGGAUUGACCGAUUUAUUCGAACCAUUGCAAGAAUCUCUAGAAAUGAUUGAAAUUCUUGAUGGAGAAUGCAAAGAAGCACAUACAGAAGAAAAUGAUUAUACUGUAUAUUCAUUAGAAGACUUGACUUUUGGAUUAGAUCUAGUAAAGGAAGCAGUACAAAAGAAAAGUGCAUUUAUACAAAAUCAGAUUGUUUCUCGUAAUAUGACAAAUCUUACACCACUUCAACUUGAGGAAUUUGAACAAACAUUUCGAUAUUUUGAUAAGGAUUAUACAAAUACUUUAUCAGUAUAUGAAUUUAAAUACGCACUCUCUAGCUUAGGUAUCAUUUAUGAUAAUGAAAAAUUAGAGAGUAUCUUUUAUGAUACUACGAAUGGUGUUGAUUAUAUGUCAUUUGAACAAUUUAUUCGAUUCAUGGUUUCAGUAACUGAAGAUAAAACUACGCCAGGUCAACUCUUGGAAUCAUUUAAAACAAUGUCAGGUGAUAAGCCUUUUAUAACAGAACUGGACUUGAGAAUGAGUCAAAUUCCAAUGCAUAUGAUUGAUUAUCUAAAGACAGCAAUGCCUCGUAGUUCAAUUAAUCAAACCGAAGGAUAUGAUUAUGAAGUAUUUGUUGAAGAAAUGUUUAAUUAA